AUGUCUUUCGGCGGCGGCUUCGGCGGCUUUGGCCAAAACAACAACACUUCUGGUGGCCUUUUUGGUGCCGGAAAUAAUAAUAAUAAUAACAACACCACAGGCGGCUUUGGCUCAACAACCGGCGGCUUUGGAUCUACAAAUACUGCUGGCGGCUUUGGAGCUAAACCUGCAUUCGGUUCUACCUCUACCAGCACAGGAGGUGGCCUCUUCGGCUCCUCAACCACCAACACCAGCACUAGCACAGGGUUUGGAGGUUUUGGUAGCAACACAAACAACACCACAUCAGCGUUCGGUAGCAACACAGGAGGUGGUAUGUUUGGAGGCAACACUGCCAACAAGACUGGUUUUGGCACUACGACCAACACCGGCGGAUCGCUCUUCGGCGGAGGCAACAACACCACCACCACCACUCCUGCGACGACAGGCUUCGGCUCUGGCUUCGGCUCCGGCGCAGGAUUUGGCGCCUCAAGCACCAAUACUCUUGGCGGCGCUGCGGGCGAUCCUCCUGGCACUGCUGUUGCGGCCUUCCAAGCAUGGAGCGAAAAGGAAGCUAAUAGUACCUCGACCAACUCUUACCAAAACAUUCUUUUCCAAGAUCCUUACAAGAAGUGGUCGGCUGACGAACUUCGACUUGCCGAUUACGUCCAAGGAAGACGACAUGGCAAUGCUACUGGCGGUGGUGCGUUUGGCGUGAGCUCAGGUUUUGGCGGAGGGUUUGGAACUAACACAAAUACCACCGCAGCUUCAGGCUUUGGGGCGAACACGACGGCCAACACUGGUGGUGGUCUUUUCGGAUCCAACACGAACAACACCGCAACACCCAGCACUGGCUUUGGCUCGACUGGUUUUGGAGCAACCAACAACAACAACACCGCCGCCAGCGGAGGCUUGUUUGGCAGCACUGCGAACAAACCUGCUGGGGGCCUAUUCGGCAGCACCACCACGCAGACGAACCAGACUGGCGGCGGUCUUUUUGGAGGAGGAAACACCAACGCUGCAGGUGGCUUUGGUAGCACGAACACCACCGGGUCUGGCUUCGGUCAGACGAACACGAACACCGGUGGUGGACUGUUCGGAGCAGCUCAGAACAAGCCUGCUGGUACCGGUUUCAGCUUCGGAAACACGAAUACCAGUACUACAGGUGGAUUUGGAGCCAGCACCACAAAUAACGCGUUUGGCGCAAACAAUAACACUACAAACAGCGGCGGUGGCCUCUUCGGCGGCAACAACACCCAAGCUGCCGGCACUGGUGGUGGCCUCUUCGGACAGAACAACAACCAGACACAGCAAAACACCGGUGGUGGCCUCUUUGGCCAGAGCAACCAAACACAGCAGUCGGGCGGAUUGUUUGGCGGCAACAACCAGCAGAAGCCUGCUGGUACUGGCUUAUUCGGCAACGCAAACACUGGCACAACUGGUACUAGUGGUGGCCUAUUUGGCAACAAUCAACAGCAGACGAAUACGGCUGGCUUUGGAGCCGCCAACAACAAUGUAGCUGGUGGUCUUUUCGGUAGCAAGCCUGCCCCAACUGGUGGCCUUUUCGGAAACAGCACCACAGCUCAAACGAACACACCUGGAGCUGGCUUUGGCGGCGGCUUGACUUCAAAUACUCAGAUGAACCAAAAUACCGGCGGCCUCUUCGGUGCUGCCAAUAACCAGCAGCAAAAGCCCGGUCUGUUUGGUGGCAGCACUAACAAUGCUGGAAGCAGCCUCUUUGGCGGCCAAAACAACCAGAACGCUGGAUCUUCCCUGUUCGGCGGUAGCACAAACCAGCAACAGCAACAGAAUGGAGCUUCAAUCCUAGGCAACAGCCAGUCCGUCAAUGCCCCUCAGGGUCUGACUGCCAAUCUCAACGACGUUUCGGCAUUUGGUUCUCCUGGUCUGUUUGCUGGCCUUGGUGGAAACGAAGUCCAGAACCCUGGUCCUCUGGCUACUCCACUGAGUGGUGGUUCAAAGCCAAGAAGAAGCUCGAUUCUGCCUAUGUAUAAACUGGCUCCGGCCUCUGCUUCUCGAUAUGCUACUCCCCAAAAGCGAGGCUUCGGCUUUUCUUACAGCAACUACGGUACCCCCUCGGGCAGCCCCGCAAGUAGCAUUUCCAGUACACCUGGAAACCUCGGCCACAGUUUACUAGGCUCUAGCCGAUCUGGAAAUCUCAGUAAAAGCCUGUCGACUAACAACCUGCGCCGCAGCUUUAACACUGAAGACAGUAUUCUUGCCCCCGGAGCUUUCUCUAAUGGAUCUCAGCCCAGGUGGUAUGGAAGCACUGGCUCCAAGAAGCUCGUUAUCAACAGAGACAUCAGGAGUGAUCUCUUUUCAACACCGCAGAAGGACAGAGCCUCAGAUGCUGGGACUGGCUCCCGAAAGCUUUCCAAGCGUGUUAGCUUUGACACAAGCAACGUUGACAUGGAUGACAGCACACCUGUUCGCGGUGCUCUUCCUGCUGCUAGCGACGUUGAAAGCCCAGCAACCAACGACGAGACCCCUCGCCAGAUCCGCACGGCUAAUGGCUCGAACGGCUCAGCGGGCUCCAAGACCCCCGAAAUGGAGGAAGUUAAGGGCAACGAGCUGGCUAUCGUCCAUGAGGAGGAUCACACUGCCACUCCCGAGGCUUCAUCUACCAGCACCGACAAUGCUCCUGGACAAUACUGGAUGUCACCUCCCUUGGAGGAUCUCGAAAAGCUGAACCGCAUGCAGCGCCAAAAGGUUGAUGGCUUCACUGUUGGCCGUGACAAUGUUGGUUAUGUUUCUUUCAAGGUCCCUGUAGACAUCAGCAACAUUGAUCUGGCUGAGAUCUGCGGUACUCUUAUUGUGCUUGAGCCUCGAUCUGCUACAGUCUAUCCGAUCUCAGCCAAGAAACCGCCUGUCGGCAAGGGCCUCAAUGUUCCCGCUAGGAUUGCUCUCGAGCAGUCAUGGCCUCGGGGUGGUAAGCGUAUCGCCAAUGACCCUAAACGGUUUAACAAACACGUUGAGCGUCUCAAGCGAAUCGAGAACACAACUUUUGAGAGCUACGACAAGGAGACUGGUGUCUGGGUCUUCUCAGUAGAGCACUUUACCACUUAUGGCCUUGAUGACGAUGAUUCCGACGACGAGGAGAUGACACAGAACGAGCCAGCCGCCCCUCAGGAGGUGGCUCUCGAUGCUUCCAUCAACUCCAACAACUCCCCCAUGGAUGAUGACACAUUCGAGUUUCGAAGACAUCGAGGUCUUCCUGGUGGUUUUGACGAUGAAGCUCAAGCCCUACAACCCCACUUCUCUGGCGAGCAGUCUUUUUUAGGGGUUAGCUCCGCGGAUUCCGCACCCAACGAUGUCAGGCUGUCCCUCGAGGAGGAAUACGCCGAUGAUAUGGGUGAUGAAUAUGACGUGUCCGAGGACGAAGACAUGGCGAGGUCUUCUCUCGAACCGCAUCUGGCCGCGGAGCUCGACGACAACUCGUCCGAGGGUGCUCCGGAAGCCGUGAAAGCGACUCCCGGAGGCAUCCUCAGAGCUAGAAUGCGAGCUGUUAAGGACUCUGCUGGUCCUGUGCAGCUGGAAGUUGCCGAUGGGGACGAUUGGAUGGAGAUGUUACGAAAGACUGUCAGCCCAGUCAAGCGAGACCGACAGCUUUUGAGAGAGCUGAAUGACUCUCCCUCAAGACAGACGGGUGUACUGAUCGACCUCGACAAGAGUGGAUCCGACACUUUACGGAAAUCAUCCAUUUGGAGGAAGAGUAUUGCAAAGAACGAUAGGCCGGACAAUUUCGCAACAAGCACCAUUGGCAUGGAUAAAGGCCGUGGGUUUGCGACUAGCAUCGACCUCAUGAACUCAUUGUUUGAGAAGCCCAAGCCAGCGCCCCAGAAACCUCGAGCCUCAAUCUCUGGCAAAGGCUUUCCCAAGUGGCCCUACGAGCGACAAGAGAAGACAAUGACUUUAGACGGUUACGAAAAGACUUUCCACGACGCUGGCCGACCUACUUGGGGUCCUGACGAGACACUUGUUGUUCCCCGACCACUGGUUUCAGAAGGCAGCCGACGAUCUCUCACCCAUAAUACCGACCUUGUUUCUUUUCAACGCUGUUCAAUUCAGACUGAUAAGCAAGAGCUCCGUCUAGCCUCAUUCACAAUGGAGCAAUCCAAGCGAUACCUGGGCAACCAGGAUAAGCUCACUGAAAUCCGAAUAGUUGAUGAUGUCCCUUUCGCCUCCCUCAACGUUACUCACUUGCAGGAUGUCUUCCACCAACAGGACAUGAACGACCCCGCAAGCAUGCAGGAGAAGCAUGUGUGGGAGUUGGCCAGUAUCCUCUUCGACUCGGUCAACGACAAUAGUCAACCGGAGCAUCUUCUCCGCAGGAACAAGCUGUCACAUUUCUGGUCUCUCCUUGUAGACUCGGCCUCGGCUACGACUAUCGGCCUGGCAGGAUCGAGCGAAGAGAAGGCUGUUGCGUGCCUAGCUGGCCAUCGGAUCAUUGACGCUUGUAAGCACCUUCUCGACGGGAAGAAUUUCCAUCUGGCCACCUUGGUGCCUCUUAUUGGUACCAGUGAUGCUGGCAAGAAAGACAUGCGAGAACAGCUCAAGGCAUGGCACGAUUCAAAGAUGCUAUCGGAAUUUUCAGAAUCGAUCCGUACCAUCUACGAGCUCCUUUCGGGUAAUGCAUGUGUCUGCGAAGGUAUGAAGGGAGUGCCUGUUGAGGACCGCCUAGAUUCGUUUGUUAUUUCGAAAAAGUUUGGACUCGACUGGAAGCAGGCCUUUGGUCUCCGACUGUGGUACUCGAUCGCUCAGCAAGACGACCUAGCAGCUGCAGUGCAUAGCUUCAAGAACGAUGUUGACCAGGAGAAGGAGUACCUUCCGUUGCCUUGGUAUAUUGAUCAGGGUAUCAAGCCCUUGUGGGAUGAUGUCGACUCGGACCGCCGACAAGAUCUUCUCUGGGGUCUUUUACAGUUGUACGCCAAUAACAGCACCGACCUGGAGGCUGUGUUGCGCCCUGAAAACUCGCAGCUCUCUCCACUUGAUAUGCGGCUGACUUGGCAACUCGGCCUUGCCCUUGGGUCUAGUGGCAAGGUUUCUUUUGGCCAGGAUGGCGCUGAAAAGGCCGACGCCGCUACUCUUGCUUUCGCCUCGCAACUAACAAGCGCUGGUGAAUGGCUCGAGGCAGUGUUCGUUUUGCUGCAUCUGAGCAAGCCCCUCGCCCGCAAGAUGGCUAUCCAGGAACAUCUUGCCCGGCAUGCUGGCCUCAUCGGCGAUGAAAACUCUUCCGCUUUCCAGGUACUUACCGAAAAAUUCCAAAUCCCUUCGUUGUGGAUCUGGGAGGCCCUGGCUCUGUACAUGCGCAGCGUUAAGAAGGAUGCGUACUCAGAAGUGCAAUGCCUCCUGCGCGCCGGCUCUUUUGUGGAAGCUCACCGUAUUCUGGUUAAGGAGGUUGCACCGCUAGCCAUUGUUGAACGCGACUACGCGGACCUCUCUGCUCUUCUCUCUCAGUUUGAAGGCCGACAUGAGGUCAUCUCGGACUGGCCGCUUGGAGGAGAGAUCUACAGCUUCUUCCUGCAGCUCGUUCAGUAUCGCGCGAGGCAUGAGAUUGCACCACAGGCAGUUUUGGAGAAGCUCCUUGCAGGUCUGCACGCGAUGGACAAGGAAACAGAAGAUUCUGGAGUCCUGCGGUACGCUGCCGUGUCAGACAUGGCAGAUGAGACAGCUAAGGAGAUUGUUAAAGCCAGCAAGACGAAACAGGAUAUGGAAUUGAGGUCUAGGAUUCUCAACCUGCCUUUGACACAAGAUCGUCUAUUGGCUUACUCAGUGGACUUGAGCAUGGACCGAUACCGGGAAGUUAUGUCCCACUAG